CUAUUGUCUCGUGUUCUUUCUCUCUGCAUCCCCUCCCCUCCCCUCCCCUUCUCGACGCCUCUCCAUUGCUUCCUUUCAUCCUCUGCUGAGUCUACUCUCAACCCAAAGUCAUCGACGAAACAGUUUCAGAGGAGGCGAGCUCGAGCAGUAGCUCUGAUGAUAUAAUGCUUCUCACCCAUCUCCAUCGUUUCUGUGCCCCUUUAUCCAUCUCCAUCUCAUCAUCUUCAUUCUACACCCAACUCUUUCGCCUCCCAAAGACAAGGCGUCCCAUCGGUUCGACUCUCUGCUGCACUACUUAUUCUACUCUAUCCUCUGCACGACCCGUCUCAAUCCCUGACUUACCAUCUUCCAUUUCUGCUGCCUCAGAAGAUAUCAUUCUUGAAACUCCCCAUCAUUUAUCGAUUCCUGAGGAGACCCAGAUCGAAAUCCCUCUUGAAAAGCUCUUCAUUCCUCCGGAAACCGAGAUUUCCUCCGGAAGCGCUCCCUUGAGCACUAGGGUAUUGAAAGGUUCUAACAUAGUUCUUAGCAGGUAUGCGAGGGACGCCCAGAUAUCGCAGGCAGAGUUCGUGAAGAGCAGUACGAAGACGGAGGACUGCCCUUCAGAUGGACUACCUGAGUUUGCCCUCGUUGGCCGCUCAAAUGUUGGGAAGUCAUCACUGCUCAAUUCUCUUGUUCGAAGGAAGCGCCUCGCCCUCACAUCCAAGAAACCUGGUAAGACACAGUUGAUCAACCAUUUUCGGAUAAAUGAUAGUUGGUACCUAGUGGAUUUGCCUGGCUAUGGAUAUGCAGCUGCACCACAGGAACUUCGAGUGGAUUGGGACAGGUUUACUAAAGAUUAUUUCCUCAACCGAUCAACACUAGUCUCUGUAUUCCUCCUUAUAGAUGGUAGCAUUCCUGCAAAAAAGAUCGAUCUUGAGUAUGCUAGUUGGCUGGGUGAGAAUCAGAUCCCGAUGACACUUAUUUUCACCAAAUGUGACAAGCGGAAGAAGAAGAAAAAUGGAGGGAAGAGGCCUGAAGAGAAUGUGCAAGAUUUCCAAGAGUUAAUUCGUGAAUUCUUCCAGGCAGCUCCACCAUGGAUCAUGACCAGCAGUGUUACAAAUCUGGGUAGAGAUGAAAUACUACUGCACAUGGCUCAGCUCCGAAACUACUGGCUGAAGCACUAGGGAAUUGAGUUUUUCCCCAUUGACAAACUGUAGCAGUAAAUCCCCUUAUUUUUCGACUAUACGAGGGACUUGUGUAGAAAUCUUGCUGUGGGUUGAGCACUGGAGCAUGGAUAUUAAUCUUGUAACAGGUUUGGCUUUCCCCAAGCAGCCUCACCUGAUGAGAAAGCAGAGAGGGAAAAUAAAGAAUACCUUAUAAGUGAGUGCCUUGACAUUUUCUGAAAGACCACCAGCAACAUGUAACAACGAGCCCCCGGGAUUUUACAAUUGUAAGUUUUAAUUAGAGGAACAUUUUUUUUUUCUUUUGAUA